CUUUUUAACUGAUUUUUAAUUUUUUAAUGUUUGGUUUCCAUGGCAGGGGAAAUGUUCCCCUGUGGAGGGCUUGUUCGUUGUGUGGAGUUCGACGAGAGGGGAAAACCAGUAGAGAAAAUUCAAACUGACGAUUGAUUGCAUUCCUUUUCAAUUCAUUGGUUUUCCUCACAUUGCAUUGUCAUAUAUCUCUCGCGGGGAGGGGGAAAAAGAUGGGGGUCCCGCUGGCCAUGGAAACUCUGAGCGACAGGGCCGCGUUCAUGAGAGAGUCUCUGCAGAAGAGCCAGACCAUCACCAACAAUAUGGUCGCCAUUCUUGGCUCCUUCGAUCACCGCCUCUCCGCUCUCGAGACCGCCAUGCGCCCCACUCAGUUGAGAACUCACGCGAUUCGGAGAGCGCACGAAAACAUCGAUAAGACAUUGAAGGCUGCGGAGGUUAUAUUGGGCCGAUUUGAUCUUUCACGCCAGGCAGAGGCUAAAAUACUGAGAGGACCACAUGAGGACUUAGAGAGUUACCUAGAAGCAAUUGAUCAGCUCAGAAGCAAUGUUGAAUUUUUCAGCAGCAACAAAAGCUUCAAAAGUAGUGAUGGGGUGCUAAACCAUGCAAAUAAUUUACUUGUAAAGGCUAUUUCAAAGCUUGAAGAUGAGUUUAGGCAGCUUUUAACAUCUUACAGCAAACCUGUGGAACCUGAUCGUCUUUUUGAUUGUCUGCCAAACUCUCUACGGCCGACGUCAGGAUCACCUGGGAAUCACGGUGAUUCUACUGGCAAGAUGUCAUCUGGGCAGCAUAACAAAAACUUAGAAACUGUUAUUUAUACACCUCCGACUCUUAUUCCUCCCAGGAUUCUACCAUUGCUGCAUGAUUUAGCCCAACAAAUGGCUAAAGCUGGCAACCAACAGCAGCUAUUUAGAAUUUACAGGGAAACCCGUGCUUCAGUUUUGGAGCAGUCUCUAAGGAAAUUAGGUGUGGAAAAACUUAGUAAAGAUGAUGUCCAGAAGAUGCAGUGGGAGGUUUUGGAGUCAAAAAUUGGGAAUUGGAUUCAUUUCAUGCGAAUUUCUGUCAAACUACUAUUUGCUGCAGAAAAGAAAGUUUGUGAUCAAAUAUUUGAUGGAGUUGAUUCUCUCAGGGAUCAAUGCUUUGCUGAAGUGACCACAAACUGUGUGGCUGUGCUCCUCAGUUUUGGAGAGGCUAUAGCCAAAAGCAAGAGAUCCCCAGAAAAAUUAUUUGUUCUUUUAGACAUGUAUGAGAUAAUGAGGGAACUUCAUUCAGAUAUUGAAACAAUAUUUGGAUCUAAAGCUUGCAUUGAAAUGAGGGAAUCCGCAAUGAUUUUGACAAAACGGCUAGCACAGACUGCUCAAGAGACCUUUGGCGAUUUUGUGGAAGCAGUUGAAAAAGAUGCCACAAAAACUGCUGUCCUUGAUGGAACUGUCCAUCCUUUGACUAGCUACGUAAUUAACUAUGUGAAAUUCUUAUUUGACUAUCAAUCUACACUGAGGCAACUUUUCCAAGAGUUUGAUCAAGGUGAUGCAGAUGCCCAGUUGGCAUCUGUAACAACGAGGAUAAUGCAGGCACUCCAGAAUAACCUGGAUGGGAAAUCGAAGCAAUAUAAGGAUUCUGCACUGACUCAGUUAUUUCUCAUGAACAACAUUCACUAUAUUGUCAGAUCUGUCCGGAGGUCAGAAGCCAAGGAUUUGCUUGGGGAUGACUGGGUGCAAAUACACCGGAGGAUUGUGCAGCAGCAUGCAAAUCAGUAUAAGAGGGUGUCUUGGUCAAAGAUUUUGCAGUGUCUUACUAUCCAGGGCCUUGCUUCAUCAGGUGGCGGUGGUGGGAUGGGAGGUGAUGGCGGGAGUAGCAAUGCUUCAAGGGCAAUGGUAAAAGACAGAUUCAAGACUUUUAAUGUCCAGUUUGAGGAGCUUCAUCAAAGGCAAUCACAAUGGACUGUUCCUGACAGCGAGUUGCGAGAGUCUUUAAGGCUGGCUGUCGCUGAAGUCCUCUUGCCUGCAUACAGAUCUUUUAUCAAACGGUUUGGGUCUAUGAUCGAGAAUGGGAAAAACCCCCAGAAGUACAUCAGAUUUGCUCCAGAGGAUCUUGAGCGCAUGCUGAGCGAAUUUUUUGAGGGGAAGACCUGGAGCGAACCAAAGCGGUAAAUAUUUGUAUGGAAUUCUUUGGUCUGAAACUUAAUUUUGCCAACAUUUUUUUUAUUUAAUUUAUUUAUUGUAUAAUGAUGUGAUUAAAGAAUAGGUGGUCGAGUGUGUACAUGUUGAGUUAAGGUUGCAUUUCUAUUUUCCUGGCUCCAUUUUUAUUAAAUUAGCAUCCACAUGUGUAAUUUGUGGGUUGGAGAACAGUGAUGGUUAUAAUAAAUUUUUUAUUUAUAGUUCUAA